AUGGCCUCCAAAACACCAUCAAAACCUACGACCCUCUCUCUCCUUACCAGGUUCCUGACCCCCCGCUAUCCCCUCUACCUCUCCUCUCUCCUCCUGCGCCUCAUCCUCCUCCUCUACGGCCUCUACCAGGAUGCGCACUCCCCCCUCAAAUACACAGACAUCGACUAUCUGGUCUUCACCGACGCAGCCCGUUUCGUGGCCCACGGGCCCUCUGCUCUAGGUCCCUACGAGCGCGAAACCUACCGCUACACGCCCCUCUUGGCAUGGCUUUUGCUACCGACGGCGUAUAACAACAUGGGGUUUGGGAAGGUUGUGGAUGUGGCAAUGUUUAGCUUUGGGAAAAUUCUAUUUGCGGCUGCGGAUUUGGCAGCGGGGUGGUUGCUCGAGAGGGUGUUGAUGCGUGAGGGCGGGAUGGAUGGGGUUAAGGCAAGGAAGUAUGCUGCUGUGUGGCUGUUGAAUCCGAUGGUUGCGACAAUUAGUACGAGGGGUAGCUCGGAGGGGUUGUUGGGGGUGUUGGUGAUGGCGCUAGUGACGACUGUGGUAGAGAAAAGGGUUGUGGUGGCAGGUGUGUUGUUAGGGUUGGGAGUGCAUUUCAAGAUUUAUCCGUUCAUCUACGCUUUUGCGGUAGUGUGGUGGAUGGAUCGGGAGAGAAUGGGGGAAACCACUAAGAAGACAUCAUGGGUUGGGAAGGCCAUUGGGUUCGUUACUCCGGAGAGAGUCUUGCUAGGUGUGGUCAGUCUCGCGACCUUUCUCGCUCUCAACGCCGUCAUGUACACACUCUACGGCUUCCCCUUCCUCCAGCAUACCUACCUCCACCAUCUAACUCGUCUCGACCACCGUCACAACUUCAGCCCCUACAACACGCAACUCUACCUGUCAUCUUCCCUCCCACCUUCCUCCGCAAGCCUUAAACCAGAAUCCUUGGCCUUCAUCCCUCAAAUAACCCUCUCCUGCAUCUUCAUUCCCCUUACCCUGGCCAAAUCCCACCUGCCGACCGCCAUGCUCGCCCAGACCUUCGCCUUCGUUACCUUCAACAAGGUCUGCACCUCACAAGAGACUAUAGGCGAGAGCAUGGUACUUAAUAGGAUGCCAGAGGACCUGCCUUCUACAACUUAG